AUGGCCACAGAUCUAGGUCACCCCGUCUCUUCCGCCAAAUCGGCGUCUGAUCCACCGUCAAAUCCACGAGAGACGCGUCUCGUCCGUGAAUCGCGUCUGGCCCCUUCACUUUUUUUGUCCUCUCCGACGUCAGGAGAUUCGAGUCCAUCGACUACGGGCUCUCUCAGUGAACAAACCUCCCCACGGAGCAUCACCCUCGAGCCCCCGCCGCUCCCAUUCUUAUCUUCAUAUCGUGGAACGGACGAUUCACGAGCCUCGUCACCGGUCAAUCGCAGGGCGGAAAGCAGCAUCUACUACACUACCGCGUGGGGAUCGCCGUAUGCAGCACCCAGCACUCGGAGGCUAUCAGUGACCCAUAGUCAACUUGAUCAAGCCGGUUUCGAAGGAUUUGGCCCCAGCUCGCCAGUCUCAUCGGCCAACAGAACCGAGUUCCGGAGAUCGGUUCCCCCAAACGACGACGACGACACGCUUGAACCCGUGGAGCGCGACUCCGCACCUCAGAACGGAGACAAAUCGAUACGGGACUUCACUCAGGAUUGGAUCAAUCAGUAUCUUACCGGUCAGCCUCGAACGGAGCGCAGCAAUUGGCUCAGCGACGACUCGGGGAGCGAAGCGCCGUCAUUCAUCACCGCAAGAAAUCACUUUGCCGACGACGCUUCCGACGAUUGGCUUGGUCUGGAGGACGACUUUCGCUCCGAAGAUCUGCUGAAAACUCCAACGCUCUCUGAUUUCGUGGGGAAGAAGGCUGCUGCCCGUGGCAAAGUCAACAAGACCUCCCACAAACGCGCCGAUACCCUGCGCCAGGAGGACUUUUGGGGCUUCGCUUACGAUAAAGAUCCCCCACAAACCAAGAUGUCAGACCCAAUCACACAAUCUGCCGCCGAGGUGACCUCACCGGUCGAGAAGCCGUUGCCUCCUCCGCCCGUCAAUGCGACGGACGAUGCGGCAAAAUUAGAAGACACGUCGAGUCAGGGCCCUCUCUGCGCAUCGACCCCUGACAUCAGUAAACCAGCCGCUCAACCAGCACGGCGGAAAAAGAAGCUGAAUUGGCGUGGGAAAGCCUGCAUUAUCGAGCUGCCUUACGAGGAUACGAGAGGGUCGGACCCGUCAUAUCGUCUCUUGACACCAGCCGAUGUCCAACAACGAAUGAAAAAAUGGGAGGAUGAAGGAUACGACGUUCGCGGGUUCACUAUUGGCGAUUCCGAGGACCCAUCCGUAGCGACGACUCUGGGGGGUCUUAGCUGCCCAUUGUACCCAGACCCAUAUGAGCUCCAUGAAAUCUCGAAGAAGGAACCACUUCUCGUCAAUUUCCCGGACAGAGCCAAGUGGGAGGUUUACAUCAGAGAGCUCCAGGAAGAAAAGCUUCGAGCCCUCGGAGUAUCAUUCGGCGACGAUGAGCCCGAACAAUCCAUCUCGCCGGACUACUCAGUCCACCCCAGUGGCACACCUUUCCCGGGUCUCGCAUCUCCCCCAAUCCCUACCGGAUCUGCAGCAAGCAACCCUCUCGGCCAUAUUCAUCCAUUCUCGCCUCAUUUCAACCAAUCCUCAAUGCCUACACCUGGCUCACAAUUUGGUAUGCAGCCACCCUUCAUGGGUGUAGAGCAGAACAUGAUGGGCGGGUUCCCAUACCAGUUCCAGCCCACGCCUCCAGCUCAGGGAUCUAUGACACCUCAGGGCUUCAUAAAUCCCCGGCAGGCAGCUUCUUCGGCUGGCCCAGGAGCAAUGGGCAAAUUCUCCUCGAUGCUAUCGCCGGUGUCUCCACUCCAUGAGCAGGGAUCCUUCCCCGCUGGAUUCAAUGACAAGGGUGCUUUCGACGACCGAUUCGGUCAUGGUAUGCACCAGAACGGCCUGCCAUAUCAGGUCCCUCAGACCCCUGUUAACGGACACCCUGAUCACUUCCAUGCGUCGAAUGUUGAGAUUGCCCACCCCACACCUCGUGGUCACGGUCAUAAUCUGAGCGAGACGCUACAAAGAGGACUGGACCAGAUGACACAUACCGAUUACCAUCUGGAACACUCGAUCGAACGACAACUAGAGGACGAUUACCGCGAUGUCGACCAUGCGGCUCUCAACCCAAGCAUGUUGAAGUCACGCUGGGGAGUGCCAGAAAAUGGACAUCACGUACAGAAUGCCUCUGGUCACCCAUCUCAUUCCUUCGCUCAACAUCAGCUCACCCACCAAUUCUAUGGCGAUCAAUAUCAACAGCACAGUGGCCAAGAUGGAUCUGAUCUCGAUACGAACCCCAGUGUUGCUGGCACCCCGCAGACUCGUCAGGCGCCAUGGCACGAGGCCCAGCCCAGCGGCCAGUCCUAUCACGGAGGCCACCAGUCGCAGCUCUCAAGUUCGUCCCUCAAUGUGGCAGCCAAGGAGUUUGACCCCACCGCAUCGUUAAAUCCCCAACCAGUGCCGUUCGGCAACGACCCAUUCCAGUUCGGCGGCCAAGGAUUUGGUAUCACCCUUGGUACUUCGUUUGCGCCUGGCAGCAGCAUGAAUGGCUCGAUAGAUCACAGCUCAAACCACAAGCCCGGUGGCAGUUCUGCAUUCAAGUUUUCCGCCGCAUCAUUCAACGUCGAUGCUCCUGUCUUCAAUCCAUCUGCUAGCCUUCAAUCCAAUGCAAGCUCCGAGCAACCUUCGGCUGGUCGCACAAAAAUCUUCGGUAAUAUUGACCUCAACGAGAUCACCAAGCCUCCCAAGAAGUCCAAGGCUAUUCCCAUUGUGCGACCCGAUGAGGUUGAACAAGAGAAGGGUAACAAAGAGCAGUCCGAAGAUGAUGAUCCCAACAAUCGACCAGGUCCUACCGACCGCCACAAGCGUGCUCGUGUCGGCCACGCCGAUGAGGCUAGAUAUAGCAUCUCAACACAUCCUUUGGGCGAAGCAGGCAACACUCAAGCUUCCAGCUCGCUUCAUGCCGUUGCUGAGGGCAAGGAGAAUGCCAAUCCCGAGGAUAAGGACCCGGCAGAGCGGGCAGGUACCCCGGUCAGCGAAGCUGAUACUUGGACUUUGUUCGACGCAAAGCGCGAGGCUGAAAACAGAUCCGAGCCUGGAUCACCAAUCCGUGCGCAGGCCUCCGAUGACAUCGUCAUUGAAGAGCGUGAGCCGAAGGAGCCCGCUGCCGGCGACGAUACAUCGGUCACUGUCUCGAAACACGUUGAGCAUGCUCCUCAAGACUCCAAAGCUUCUGUCAAGAGCACUACACUGUCGGCCACUGCGCCAGCCUUUGAAUUCAAACCUGCUGUUUCUGAAUUUGUUCCCACAACAGUCCAGCCAUCUAACUUUGCUGCGCCGAAGCUGGUCGAAGAACAAGCUGUCGAGAAGAAGCCUAUCCAAACGCCCGUUAAACGUCCCGCUGAAAACAAAGCUAAGCAAGGUGGGCUCAUGGCUUCGCGCUUCGCCACUGCAAGCCCAUCAGAGAAAGCGCCAUCCCCACGUCAGGCAAAGCCUGAGGCCAAUACCUCGACUAGCAAGCAAGCAGAAAUUAUCUCUCGUCAGCCCCGCGAUUACGCCAGUCCAUGGGGCUCCGAAAAUGGCAAUGACUCACCUGACGAUGAGGAACUCAACGCGAUUAUGGAACAGCUCAAUGACGAUGACGCGGAUGUUGGAAUCGAGCGACAGGCGACGCCUUACAACACGAUACACGCUACUCCCUUCCAGCACCGACAGGAUCACCUCACAGAAGGCGCGAAGCGAGCCCCCAGCCCGAGCCCGGGUGGACUUCCCAAGACCUACAAGCUCAGCAUCCCCAAGCUUGGCUCAGACGUCGACGCUAACAGCAAUGCUACCUUCUCUCCCCAGAAGAGCCUUAUCUCCCGUCUUCAGUCCCCUGUGCGCCAACUCGUCACUGAAAAUGAUCAUGUCAGUGACUGGGACGAUAUGAUAUCCGAGGGCGAGGACGAGAAGUUCAUGAACCGGAAUCGCUUCUUUGACCGUCGCAUCAAUGACCUUGUUGGCUCUGCCAUCGACGAGCGGUUGGGUCCUAUGGAGCGUGCUCUGGCUGUCAUCCAGCAGUCGGUGGCAUCCAUCGCCACAGGCACUGCAAGCAGAAGGGUCUACCGUAGCACAUCCGCUGAAAUGGAAGACAGCGACGCUGAUGAUGAGGACGAUGGUGACGCCGAGGGAGCUUCAGCUCGCGAUCGCUCACCCCACAACAUGAGGGAGCGAAAGCUGGAGAUGCUCAAGAACGUUGUCAUGGAGGCUUUGGUUACCCAUGACAUACCUCAACGCGUUGCACCACACUCCAGCCAUAGCGAGAUAUCACAGCUCAAGGAGAGCAUUGCGGAACUCCAGGCUCUCACCAUCAAGAAGCUUGCCCAGGAUCCUGUCGGCGAUAUGCAGGCCGAGGAGAUCGGUGCAGACAGCCUCAUGCUACAGAUUGAUGGUCUAAAGAGCAUGUUACGAGCCGCUGACGAGCGUGCCGACCAGGAGUACAAGGAUCGUCGCAACGCGCAGGACUCUAUGGCGGAGCUCCAGCGACUCUUGAAGUUUGCCGAAGAAGAUGCCGCUCGUCAUAGCGCUGCCGCUGAAAGUGCUGAGGCCCGUCUUCUCCAGUUCAAGGAAGAGAAGAUUCCUGCGUUCGAGAGGAUGCAGUUCCGUACUGAGUCUCUUGAGGAGGAGAGCGAGACCCUCAAGGUCACUAUCGCCGAGCUGUCUACAAAGAACAUUGCGCUCGAGGGUACCCUUGAUGAGUACCGCAUUUCCAGCGAUAACUUCCGCCGUCAACUUGAAGCCACCAAGAGCGAGAACAAGUCUCUUCACGAGACUAUUGAUCACUUGAGAACUCGCAUUGAGGACAAUAUGAUCUCUCGCCAGAACCUCACCGAGAAGUUCGAUCGUCUCCAGGCUGACAUGCUCAACGUCACCACUGAUAUUACCCGCGAUCAAGCUUCCUGGCGCAAGAAGGAAGAAGAGCAUAAUGCCAGGCACAACGAGCUGCGCGCGGCUCACUCUCGCGAGCUCCAGUUGCGCGAGAAGCUCGAGGAAGAUGUUCGCGAAUUCGAGAAGCGCGAUCGCGAAACCACGCGGUUGAAGUUCAUUCAUGAGCAAUCUCAGCAAGAAAACGCUAGACUGGAGGAGCUUAUCACCAGUCUCCGGGAUGAGAACCGUGAGUUGCAGAUCAAGUCUGCCCGCUUCGAACGGGAGUUCACCGAAGCCCGUGAAAGCAGCCGCAUCGAGAUCCAGCGCACUCGUUCCUCGAUGGAGGCAGACCUUGAGGCUGCCAACAGUCAAGUUAACAUCGUGCGUGCCGAGCUCGAGGCCCAGAUCAUCCGCCUGCAGACCCAACUUGACAACAACCGCAUGGAUGCUGAUACCUCCCGUGAGCGCUAUGAGCUUCUUCUUGAGGAAGCCCGGGACUCGAAGGUUACCGCCCUGGCUGCUAAAGACCUUGCAAUUGAUGAAACCCGCAAGAUGCAUGAGCGAGUACUUAAUGAUCUGCGUGAACGUCACGCUCGCGCUCUGCACAACUCUUCUGAGGAUCGCGCACGUGGCGAUAGUCACAACAUGGAGCGCUUGGCCCUCUCCGAGGAGAAGGCUAAGCAUCUCCAGGAGCGCGUGAGUCACCUAGAGGAGAGACUUGAGAUCGCUCAGUCUGCUGCUCGUGCUGCUGCCGAGGCAGCCCACAGUGCCAAGGCAAACCCCAACUCGGCACCUGUCCCAGUCGCGGAUGUCUCGCACUCGCGGGCAACGCCGUCGAUAUCCUACCACAAAGGAUCUGCAGAGCCCGAGCGUAUCUCCCCUCAGGCCCUUCGUGAAUCAAUCUUUGUGCUCCAAGAUCAGCUCCAGCAGCGCGAGACACGCAUCGAGGAGCUCGAGCAAGAAAUCUCCACGUUCGACAAGGACGCACCAAAUAAGCUCAAGGAGAAGGAUACUGAGAUCACCUGGCUCCGCGAGCUCCUCGGCGUCCGCAUCGACGACCUACAAGACAUCAUCCAAACCGUCUCCAGACCCAACUUCAACCAGCAAGCCGUCCGCGACGCAGCCAUCCGCCUCAAAGCCAACCUCCAAAUGCAACAGCAAGAGAAAGAACGCUUAACAUCCGGCAACCUCCCUUCCCUCUCUGAUCUCGCCGCCUCCCCGCGCUCCCUCCCCCCUUGCCGCAGCCGCAGCCUGGGUAACGCCGGCGCUUUCCUCUCGGGUCUCCUGACUCCCCCGAGCUCUCACCUCCGCGAGAACAGCACUGGAGCACAGACCAGUGCUGCCGCGCGGUUCGCGCAAACUCGUCCUUUGAGAGGCUUAAACUCGACUCCCAGACGCGGCUCAGUUCGCAGCCAGGCGGCUGUUGCAGAACCACCUACCACGCCCCCUCUUAUGCGUCGCUCGAGCUAUGAUCAUGAUGCUGAGCCGGCGACUUAUGAGGAUGGCAGCUUCGCAGAUGAGAAUGAGAGCACCGUUGACGGGAUGGUUUCGGCAUCACCGAAGGAGAGAGAUGAUGAGGGCCCGUUCGGACCUCAGAUUGAUGAGGCGGAGGCUGAAGGAGUUGAUGCUCACGUUGAUGCUGAUGUCUCCUCUUCCGAUGAACCAUCCACUGAGGAAGAAUGA